ACCUGUGAGAUGGCAGUGAUGGGGAUUACGUGCCAAGGAGCUCCUGAUCCAGCCAUCAAGCACAAGAAGGAGCUCGCAGCUACCAAGGGGCUGGACGAGACAGCGAGCGAGAAGCAGAGCAGCGUUUGCAAAGUAGAAGAUUCAAAGAAGGUCAUCUUUCACAGUCAGUGGAAAAUCCUGAAUGAUGUCAUCACCAAAGGAACAGCAAAAGAAGAGACAGAAGGAGGCUGUGCAUCGAUUUCGAUCAUUGCCCAAGCAGAAUGUGAAAACAGUCAGGAGUUCAGCCCCACUUUGUCAGAGAGAUCCUUUAUUGCUCAUAGUAAGCGUUACAGCCGGUCCGACAGCCUCGAUCAAAUCCCCAACAAUGUGGCCCAUGCGACGGAGGGGAAGAUGGCACCUACCUGUUGGAGGGGGAGGCAUCGGGGCAAGACGAAAAAGAAACGGCACAAGAAAAGAUCCAAGCUGAAAGUACAGACGGUGGCUGCUGGCAGACGAGGCCCCAGGACGCCAGAGCAAGAGAGCUGCACCCCAAUCCCUGUCCAGGAGGAUGAAUCGCAUCAAAGUAGUCUUUACAGGAACCAUUUUUGGGCUUCGGAAUUUAACAAGGGUUUGGUCUACGAUCCGCCGCCGUUUGAGAAACCGGAGCAAAGUCUGUCGCCGGGCAAACCCCAUUCGCCAAGGAGCCAAUACAAAACAGAACUGCACAAGCUGAUAAGCCCUAUUCAGUGCCUUAAUCACGUUUGGAAACGGCGUUAUCAGAAGGACAGCGUUCCACAGCCCGAGACUCUCCAUCCUCUUCCCUACAACAUAGUACCCCCUCAUUUCCCACAUCUGGACACUCCUUUCCAUGCCUUGAAACGUAACGCCCUGGAGACCUACUUCCACGGCGAUCUCAACUAUCACGACAGUGAGCAUCGCUUAUCCAGCCUAAACUUAGAAUAUAGUUUCCCCAAAUGCAUCAACCAGUCCAUGAAAACCAGCUCGGACAAGAUUUCUGUGGAAGAAUACUUGAUAGAUGCCCUGAAGGGGAGCGUGAGUCUCGGUGAACCCCAAAAUUUAGCCAGCCUAGCCAAGACAUGGAGAGGAGGUGGUCUGGACCUGAAGGAACAGUUUAAUGAAGCGAACGAUAACGAAGGCGUGCUGCUCAAUGAGAAACUAAAGCCAGUGGAUUAUGAAUAUCGAGAAGAAGUUCAUUGGACCAAGUGCCACGGUUCUCUGGGCAUUGGCUCUUUUGGAGAAGUAUACAAAAUAGAGGACAAACAGACGGGAUUUCAAUGUGCUGCCAAAAAG